UACGGCGGGAUGGGCAUGGGAUACGGCAUGAAUGGCAUGGGUUAUGGCAUGGGUGGCAUGUAUGGUGGAGGCUACGGGAUGCCCGGCAUGCCUAUGGACCCCAAUAAUCCUUCACUCACGCAACAGCUCGAAGCGACUACGCAGCACACAUUCGCUCUUCUUCAUUCAAUCGUGCAGACCUUUACAGGCCUUUCGCAGAUGCUGGAGUCUACCUUCAUGGCCACACACUCCUCCUUCUUCGCCAUGGUCGGCGUCGUUGAUCAGUUCUCACACCUUCGCGAUGCACUCGGCAGCGUACUAGGGCUUUUCGGGCUUUUACGUUGGCUAAAAGAUCUGCUGAGUGGGAAGAGAAGUUCCAAUCCGAUGCAAAACGAGUUCCGAUCGUUCGUUGACGGCAAGCCCGUACACAGCGCCGCCGGCGCUCCCACUCCUAAAGCAUCUAAGAAGCCGAUUAUCAUCUUCCUCCUCGCUAUUCUCGGCGUGCCGUAUGCGAUGCAUCGACUUAUCAAGGUACUUGCUCAGCGAGCGCCACCACAGGGGGUGUUACAGGGGGCUGGCGGAGCUUCGCUUGAUCCCUCUCAACUUUCGUUCGCUCGUGCAAAAUACGCAUUUUCUGCUGCAAGUCCCGUUGAGCUGUCUUUAAAGGAAAACGAUAUUGUAGCGAUCAUGGGAAAACUGGAUCCUGCGUCCGGGAUGGAGGUGGAUCCGCGAACGGAAGUGGCUACCGACUGGUGGAGAGGCCGAACCCGGGAUGGUCGUGAGGGGUGGUUCCCCAGUAAAUGGGUUGAAGUAUUAGAGCGCAAAAAGCAG